AGGGCAUUGUGCACGCGCGGUAUGAACGCACACCGCGUAUUUCAGCGGGAGUUGUUUUUGCCAGUGAACUUUUAAUCAUCAUCCAAGCGCUCGGAUCCGUUCAAACGACACUGGAAGCCAGGCAUAAAAAAACGGUGACUCUCGCUAGGAAUAAAGGAAAUAGACGGGCUCCGAGACAGUUGCAUAUCCUCAGCCAUUUUGACUACGCGCGCCUCGGGGCUAUUUUUUCCUCCGCGCUCCUCCUCUGCGCAGGACUGGAAUCGCGAGAGGAUGGAGUGCUACCUGUUGGGGAUGUACCUGUUCCUGGCGCUCGCUAUGCUGCAGCGCUCGAGCGGAACCACGGCCAAGGAGCUGAGCUGCCAGGAGAUCGCCGUGCCGCUGUGCAAAGGCGUCGGCUACAACUACACCUACAUGCCGAACCAGUUCAACCACGACACGCAGGACGAAGCGGGCUUGGAGGUGCACCAGUUCUGGCCUCUGGUUGAGAUCCAGUGCUCUCCAGAUCUUAAGUUUUUCCUCUGCAGCAUGUACACUCCGAUUUGUCUCGAGGACUACAAGAAACCGCUGCCACCCUGUCGGAGCGUGUGCGAGCGAGCCAGGGCGGGAUGCGCGCCGCUGAUGAGGCAGUACGGUUUCCCGUGGCCAGACCGAAUGAGGUGCGAUUUGCUCCCGGUGCAGGGUAACCCAGACACGCUGUGCAUGGACUACAACAGAACGGACUCCACCACGGCUUCCCCGGUGCUGUCCAAGCCCACGAACUACCCGGGUAAGCCGUUUAACCCUCACAAACCCAAAAAUGGACACGGCCGCCCGGGGAUGCAGCCGAAACACAAGCCCGGGUCUGCGUGCGAGCCGGGCUGCCAGUGCCGCGCGCCGAUGGUGCAAGUCAACAGCGACAGGCACCCGCUGUAUAACCGCGUGAAGACGGGACAGAUUCCGAACUGCGCCAUGCCGUGCCAGAACCCGUAUUUCACCCAGGACGAGAGGACGUUUACCGCGUUUUGGAUCGGACUGUGGUCCGUGCUGUGCUUUAUAUCGACGUUUGCAACUGUUGCUACUUUUUUGAUCGACAUGGAGCGCUUCAAGUACCCCGAGAGGCCGAUCAUCUUCCUUUCUGCGUGUUACAUGUUCGUUUCGGUCGGCUACAUCGUGCGACUGAUUGCUGGGCACGAGAAGGUCGCGUGCAACCGGGACUACGACGUGGAGCACAUACAUUACGAGACCACCGGUCCCGCACUUUGCACCGUAGUUUUCCUUCUCGUUUACUUUUUCGGGAUGGCGAGCUCGAUAUGGUGGGUCAUCCUGUCCCUCACCUGGUUUUUGGCCGCGGGCAUGAAAUGGGGCAACGAGGCCAUCGCGAGCUACGCCCAGUACUUCCACCUGGCCGCGUGGUUGAUCCCCAGCAUGAAGUCCAUAGCGGUUCUGGCGUUGAGCUCGGUGGACGGGGACCCGGUGGCCGGAAUCUGCUACGUGGGGAAUCAGAACUUGGAUAACCUCCGAGGCUUCGUGUUGGCGCCCCUGGUCAUCUAUUUAUUUAUCGGCACCAUGUUCCUCCUGGCCGGGUUCGUGUCCCUGUUCAGAAUUCGCAGCGUCAUCAAGCAAGGCGGCACGAAAACAGACAAGCUCGAGAAGCUGAUGAUCCGAAUCGGCAUAUUCACAGUGCUUUACACGGUACCGGCCACCACCAUAGUGGCGUGCUACUUCUAUGAACAGCACAACCGGCAGGGCUGGGAGAUGACGCACAACUGCUCGUGCCUGCUGGAGCAGGACGUCAGGAAGCCCGACUACGCCGUCUUCAUGCUGAAGUACUUCAUGUGCCUCCUGGUGGGCAUCACGUCCGGCGUGUGGAUUUGGUCGGGCAAGACGCUCGAGUCGUGGAGGACGUUCUGCACACGCUGUUGCUGGGGGAGCAAAGGCGCCAGCGGCUCCAUGUACAGCGACGCGAGCACGGGCUUGACGUGGCGCUCGGGCACCGCGAGCUCGGUGUCCUGCCCCAAGCAGAUGCCUUUGUCCCAGGUGUGAGGCGCACCCGCGUGCAUCAGCCCUGGGCGCGUUUAGCAUGCGAAUGGAGCGUUGAUGGUGUGCGUUAGGCAAGCAGACGGCAGACUGGGCGCAACAAUGUACCUGCCAUUAUCCCGUGUGUGUUCUCUCUCUCUCGCUCUAUUGGUAUGGACAUGAAACGCAACCAGUGACGCUUAGAGAGAAUUGGGGCAUUACAGUCAUUCAAACUGAGCUGGACGUUGGUGUGUGUCCCUCCCCCGUCUUCAACAUUUCAGAGUAAAAGUUUCGGUUGCUUAACUUUUACAUGGUUUAAGACCAGUUCGAAAUAUCGAAGCGGUCAGAAUGGGCCGUCAAAGAUGGUCUCAAAUAAGCCUUAAAUCUCAGUGCCCAAAUAUUUUACGGGUUGUUUUUUAAUUGUAAAAUGUAUUUAUACAAUUGUGUACAAAUGUGUAAAUUCUGUAUAAAAAGAUUUAUAAUUUUUUUUUGUAAAAUUGUACAUAGUGUAGAUGUCACCUGAAGUGAAAUGUGACGUUUAUU